UCAUCAACAAGUGGCGAGACGAAAAAGGUUCAAGAAUUCCUGUCGUGGGAAAGUUUAUCUCUCAUUAUCUUGUCAGAAGUGGAGAUAAGAAGAAGGUUCAAGAAUUCCUGUUGACAGACACCAUCGUGCGGUCUCACCGACUCGGAACUCCUCCUGCGUUUGAAAUUUGAAGAUGCCUGCAAAAUACAUCAUUCCUGCUGUUUUGGGAUCAUUUGCAGUGGCAUGGACAGCUGACCAUUAUUUCGCUGACAAGAAAAUAUUUGGAGGAAGUACUCCGUCAACUGUUGCAAACAAAGAAUGGUGGGAAGAAACUGACAAGAAGUUUCAGGCAUGGCCUCGGACUGCCGGUCCACCGGUGGUCAUGAAUCCCAUUAGCCGUCAGAAUUUCAUUGUCAAGUCCCGCACCGACUCUUGAAGAUUUUCCGGAUCUUCACUCCGUUUAUGUGUGUUGUGAGCUGAAAGCAUGAUUGAAGGAUUGGCAGAAUAAAUGUUAGGCUGGUUUGAGAAUGUUGUGAUGUGAACUUUUUUGUACCAAAAGAAAAAUGUCAGGGAAUCCUAAAUCUGAGGUACAAUAACCCAACAAUGAAUCACCGUGUAUAAAUUAUCACUCUUCGGGAUUUUAUCGAUAUGUCUCUAUUUGAAUGAAACAGUCAAUAUUUGGUCAGUA